AGUCGGCGUCUCUCUCCCCCGCGCCAGCUCCCGUACACGGAGCCGCAUUCCUUGGCCCCCCCACCCCCCUCCCUCGGGGCCCCCCCGCCCCCCUCGGGAAAAAAUCCACCCCAAAUCACUCGAACCCGAGGGAGGUUUCCUUCCACCCUCGGGGAGACGAGCUUUCAAACGGUUCCCUCUCCUCCGUCUCCCCCCAAGCCCCCGUCCCCUCCCCUGCUCCCACCCCCUUCUCUCGGCGCCGGGUGCAAGGUCCCUUUAAGGCGACGGCGCCUUCCUCGGGUCAGACUACCGGCGGCGACGACCACGGGAGCAUGGCGGACACCGACCUGUUUAUGGAAUGUGAGGAGGAGGAGCUGGAACCAUGGCAGAAAAUCAGUGAUGUCAUUGAGGAUUCUGUAGUUGAAGAUUAUAAUUCAGUGGAUAAAACUAAUACAGCUGGCAAUUCCUUGGUCCAACAAGGUGGACAGCCGCUCAUCUUAACCCAGAAUCCAACCCCAGGUCUGGGCACAAUGGUUACUCAACCAGUAUUGAGGCCUGUCCAGGUCAUGCAGAAUGCCAAUCAUGUGACGAGUUCUCCUGUGGCCUCACAACCAAUAUUCAUCACUACACAGGGAUUUCCUGUAAGAAAUGUCCGGCCUGUACAAAAUGCAAUGAAUCAGGUUGGGAUUGUGCUGAACGUACAGCAAGGCCAAACGGUUAGACCAAUUACACUAGUCCCAGCCCCAGGUACCCAGUUUGUUAAACCAACAGUUGGAGUCCCACAGGUGUUCUCUCAGAUGACCCCAGUGAGGCCAGGCUCCACAAUGCCUGUGCGACCCACCACCAACACCUUCACCACCGUCAUCCCAGCCACUCUCACCAUUCGAAGCACCGUCCCACAGUCCCAGUCCCAGCAGACCAAGUCCACUCCCAGCACUUCCACCACUCCUACUGCCACACAACCGACCUCAUUGGGGCAACUAGCUGUUCCACCUCCAGGCCAAUCCAACCAGACCCCAAAUCCCAAGUUAGUGAGCAUUGCCAGCUUUGUCACUGUGAAGCGACCUGGGGUUACAGGUGAAAAUAGCAAUGAAGUGGCCAAACUGGUGAAUACCCUUAACACCAUCCCUUCCCUGGGCCAGAGUCCUGGGCCAGUGGUGGUAUCCAACAACAACUCUCCCCAUGGCUCUCAAAGAUCCAGCGGACCUGAGUCUUCAAUGAAAGUGACCUCUUCCAUCCCAGUGUUUGACCUUCAGGAUGGUGGGCGGAAAGUAUGUCCACGGUGUAACGCUCAAUUCCGUAUUACUGAAGCUUUGAGAGGUCACAUGUGUUACUGUUGCCCAGAAAUGGUUGAAUACCAGAAGAAAGGAAAAUCUCUGGAUUCAGAACCCAACAUCCCAUCAACAGCAAAGCCACCGUCUCCUGAGAAAACAGCUCCUGUAGCUUCCACACCCUCUUCUACACCUAUUCCUGCUCUGUCACCACCUACCAAAGCACAAGAGCCAAAUGAGAAUGUGGGUGAUGCGGUCCAGACCAAGCUCAUUAUGCUAGUAGAUGACUUUUACUACGGACGGGAUGGGGGCAAAGUAGCCCAACUCACAAGCUUCCCAAAGGUCGCCACAUCUUUCCGAUGCCCACAUUGUACCAAAAGGCUAAAAAACAAUAUUCGAUUCAUGAACCAUAUGAAACAUCACGUAGAACUCGAUCAGCAGAAUGGUGAGGUGGAUGGUCAUACUAUCUGCCAACACUGUUAUCGUCAGUUUUCCACUCCCUUCCAGCUCCAGUGCCACUUGGAAAAUGUUCAUAGUCCCUAUGAAUCGACUACCAAGUGCAAGAUCUGUGAGUGGGCGUUUGAGAGUGAGCCACUAUUUCUCCAGCAUAUGAAGGAUACUCAUAAACCUGGAGAGAUGCCUUAUGUUUGCCAGGUGUGUCAGUAUCGCUCCUCACUCUACUCUGAGGUAGAUGUCCAUUUUCGGAUGAUCCAUGAGGAUACUCGGCAUCUGCUCUGCCCUUAUUGCUUGAAGGUCUUCAAAAAUGGCAAUGCAUUCCAACAGCAUUACAUGAGGCACCAGAAGAGGAAUGUGUAUCACUGCAAUAAAUGCCGACUGCAGUUUCUGUUUGCCAAGGAUAAAAUCGAACACAAGCUUCAACACCAUAAAACCUUCCGUAAACCUAAGCAGCUGGAAGGCUUGAAACCAGGCACCAAGGUGACAAUCCGGGCUUCUCGAGGGCAGCCACGAACAGUUCCUGUAUCUUCCAAUGAUGCACCUCCCAGCACCUUGCAGGAGGCAGCACCACUGACUUCCUCAACAGACCCUCUGCCUGUCUUCCUUUACCCCCCCGUUCAGCGCAACAUCCAGAAGAGAGCUGUUAGAAAAAUGAGUGUCAUGGGCCGACAGACUUGUCUGGAGUGCAGUUUUGAGAUCCCAGAUUUCCCUAAUCACUUCCCUACUUAUGUGCACUGUUCUCUGUGUCGCUACAGCACCUGCUGUUCUCGAGCGUAUGCCAACCACAUGAUCAACAAUCAUGUUCCACGGAAGAGCCCCAAGUAUUUGGCUUUGUUUAAAAAUUCUGUGAGUGGAAGCAAUCUGGUCUGCACUUCAUGUACCUUCGUUACCUCUGUGGGAGAUGCCAUGGCCAAGCAUUUGGUAUUCAACCCCUCUCACAGAUCGAGUAGCAUACUGCCACGGGGACUUACUUGGAUAUCUCACUCAAGGCAUGGCCAGACUCGUGACCGAGUACAUGACCGGAACUUGAAGAAUAUGUACCCUCCUCCUUCCUUCCCUUCUAAUAAAGCUGCCACUGUGAAAUCUGUGGGGGCCACCCCAGCUGAACCUGAAGAGCUACCAACUCCCAUGGCUCAGGCACUCCCAUCACCAGCCUCAACUGCAACACCACCACCAACUCCAACUCAUCCCCAGCCUGUAGCCCCUCUACCCCUGGCUACCGAGGGGGCAGAAUGUCUAAAUGUUGAUGACCAGGAUGAAGGGAGCCCAGUCACCCAGGAACCUGAGCCAGCAUCAGGGGCUGGUAGUAGCAGUGGGAUCGGCAAGAAGGAGCAGCUAUCUGUGAAGAAGCUUCGAGUGGUACUGUUUGCCCUAUGCUGCAAUACAGAACAGGCAGCCGAACACUUCCGAAACCCCCAGCGACGCAUUCGGCGUUGGCUUCGGCGCUUCCAGGCCUCCCAGGAGGAGAACCUGGAGGGCAAAUACCUGAGCUUAGAGGCAGAAGAGAAACUGGCAGAAUGGGUAUUGACCCAGCGAGAGCAACAGCUCCCUGUGAAUGAGGAGACCUUGUUCCAGAAGGCCACUAAAAUAGGACGUUCUUUGGAGGGGGGGUUUAAGAUCUCUUAUGAAUGGGCUGUGCGUUUUAUGCUGCGGCACCACCUGACUCCCCAUGCCCGGCGCGCAGUGGCCCACACACUACCCAAGGAUGUGGCAGACAAUGCAGGACUCUUCAUUGAAUUUGUGCAACGGCAGAUUCACAACCAGGACUUACCAUUGUCCAUGAUUGUGGCUAUUGACGAGAUCUCCUUGUUUCUGGAUAUGGAAGUGCUGAGCAGUGAUGACCGAAAGGAGAAUGCUCUGCAGACAGUGGGCACAGGGGAGCCUUGGUGUGAUGUGGUGCUGGCCAUUCUGGCAGAUGGCACGGUCCUCCCCACCCUGGUUUUCUACCGAGGACAGAUAGAUCAGCCUGCUAAUGUGCCAGACUCCAUAUUGCUAGAGGUGAAGGAGAGUGGCUAUAGCGAUGACGAGAUCAUGGAGCUGUGGUCAACCCGAGUGUGGCAGAAGCACACGGCCUGCCAGCGCAGCAAAGGCAUGCUGGUGAUGGACUGUCACCGCACUCACUUGUCAGAAGAGGUGCUGGCAAUGCUUAGUGCCUCUAGCACUUUGCCUGCAGUGGUCCCAGCAGGCUGUAGCUCCAAAAUCCAGCCAUUAGAUGUGUGCAUCAAACGAACUGUCAAGAACUUCCUGCACAAAAAGUGGAAGGAACAGGCUCGGGAAAUGGCAGAUACUGGAUGUGAUUCUGAGGUCCUGCUUCAGCUGGUGCUGGUCUGGCUGGCUGAAGUGCUGGGUGUCAUUGGGGACUGUCCAGAGCUUGUUCAGCGGUCCUUCCUUGUGGCUAGUGUUCUACCUGGCCCUGAUGGCAACAUUAACUCACCUACAAGAAAUGCUGACAUGCAGGAGGAGCUAAUUGCCUCCCUAGAGGAGCAGCUGAAGCUGAGUGGGGAACAGUCUGAGGAGCCCUCAGCUUCCACUCCCCGACCCAGAUCAUCUCCCGAAGAGACAGUUGAGCCUGAAAGCCUUCACCAGCUCUUUGAGGGCGAAAGUGAGACUGAGUCCUUCUAUGGCUUUGAAGAAGCUGACCUAGAUCUGAUGGAGAUUUGAGUGUUGGGGUCAUGAAGGGGGGGUAUGGAGUAGGGGUGGGAAAGUGUGAGGGAGGGUGCAGGGAUUUAGGGAAAAGGGGGUACACCAGGUGGAUUAUUUGGUUUAUAUUUUUAAAUUUUUGCCACCCCCCCCCCCCGGAUGUUGACUUAUACUUCCCUGUGGAUUUGUGGGUAAUUAGGAAAACCAAUAGUGAUCACGUCUGAGCCGAGGAGCUGGCCCUUUGGUCAUUCACUUCUAAAAAAAAAGGCUUUUGUGACUUUUUUUUAAUCACUGUGUUUGGUAUUUUUCUGACAAAAUCAAGAAAAAGAAAAAAAUUCUUGUGGACAAAUGUUAAGUUUUUGUUUCCCCUUUUACCUCACUUGUGUCAUAGUACAUCUGGGUUUUCUGUUUAUUCGACUGUGGCCAAUGUCUUUGGGCAUGAUGCUAUAUCCAACCAUUGUCAAUGUGAGAGCAUUUCUGAAGAUGGGAAAGAUAAAAAUAUGUAGCUCACAAACUGAUUUAUUAUAUAUAUGGGUAAAAACUUUUUUCAUGUGGUCUUAAAACACUUUUCUAUAAAAGCAAAAAUGAAAAAAAAAAAACCCCACUGAACUCUCUUCCUUCUCCUUACUUUCCUUCCCUCUCCAGAGAUGUUUCUACAACUCUAGACAUAAAAUUGUGGCUUUAAAAAUGCAUGAAAACCAUCUUUAAUCAUCCAGAAUGAAUAGAUUGUUACUCCUUACCAUCCUCCCAACAAAAACAUGACAAACCAAUAUUCUUUGCACUUGCUGCCCUUGACCCUUGCCCUAUUCUCACACCAUCACUCUUGGACAAAGGACCAUAAAUGUUUUCUUAGAACCUGGAGGUACUGAGGGGAUCACAGCUGUAGGGUGGAGGCCAUUCUGUGUGUGGGGCUUCAUCCCGCAGACCCUGGGGCUGUCCUUUCUUGGUUGAACUUUAUCCUGUUAUGGACAGCAUGCCUGUUCAGGAGACCACAUGUCCUACAGAAGCUAAUUGUGCAAGAAGUGUUGAACUUUUAAAAGAAGACCACUCAUUGAAAUCCUGUGGCUUUCCCCAGUCUUUUAAUGAUCAGAAAAGAAUCUGACAUGAAGAAGCACAGGGGUGGUGUGCACAAAGAAAGACACGAAUCUUUAUUUUUCACUGCCAGCGUCAAGGAAAGAAAUUUUUUCUACAAUUUGCAUGAGGGAUUUUUUAAAAAUUGUAUGUACUCAUGAUUAUAAACUGAAGUGUACUAUAACAGCAAAGGAACAAAAAUCCAAGUCCACCUUGCCCACAGCUACACCACUGUUCUGUCUGUCCUGAGGCUUUUUCAGCAAUGUUUUCCCUCCUGUGAGUCAAGGAGGCAACCUGCACAGGCUUGUAAAUGGUUCAUCUUUAAAAUGUACAUAAGCGGAACAUUUAAUAAAAUAAGGGGAAAUGGAUUUAUAAACAAUGUGGUUAUUUUCUAGGUCACCCUAUUUUAAUAGGCUUUCACAGACUGGGAGAUUCUCCAAGAUGUGAUGGGCCUGAUGUACAGGUGUGUAACAUUUGUUACUGCCUGUUUCUCCUCACAUUUUUUUUUUUUUUUUUGGGCUUUUAACCCCCCAGCACACUAUAAUAUAGUGAACUGGAGUGAUCCCUCCCAGAAACAGCUUGGCCAGCUUUGUGAAGCCAUGGCAUCUGAAACUGAACUGAGGAUCCAAUUGGGCUUCUCUCCAGCCUUUUGCUUGAUGCUACUUUGACAGAAUAUGGACUUUCACGUCAGCCCAAUACCUUUGAGAAAGUUAAGAACUAAUGGUCAACUUUGUCCACAAAGACCUAAUUUUUCUCUUUGGUAGUCUCUGCAGCAGCCCCAGAGUUUGCAGAGUUAGCUGGGUUCCUGGCCUCUGCACACCACAACUUUGAUGGGUAAAUUUUUUAAAGACCACAGUAACAACAGUGAAUCAGCUGGGUGUUGGCCAGGAAGUCAUCCUUGUGGAUUCUGCCUGCAUGGCUUAGUAGUAGAAGGAAGUUUUUUUGUUUUGUUUUUUAUAAUUCAGUUUAAUCAAUAAACAAGUAUUUAUUGACU